ACAGAGAGACAUAGAGAGAGAGAAAGACAGAGAGACAGACAGAGAGACAUAGAGAGAGAGAAAGACAGAGAGACAUAGAGAGAGAGAGAAAGACAGACAGGCAGAGAGACAUAGAGAGAGACAUAGAGAGAGAGAAAGACAGAGAGACAGAGAGAGAGAGAGAAAGACAGAGAGAGAGAAAGACAGAGAGACAUAGAGAGAGAGAGAAAGAGAGAAAGACAGAGAGACAUAGAGAGAGACAGAGAAAGAGAGAAAGACAGAGAGAGAGAGAAAGACAGAGAGACAUAGAGAGAGAGAGAAAGAAAGAGAGACAUAGAGAGAGACAUAGAGAGAGAGAAAGACAGAGAGACAGAGAGAGAGAGAAAGACAGAGAGAGAGAAAGACAGAGAGACAUAGAAAGAGAGAAAGACAGAGAGCGAGAGAGAGAAAGACAGAGAGACAUAGAGAGAGACAGAAAAAGAGAGAAAGACAGAGAGAGAGAAAGACAGAGAGACAUAGAGAGAGAGAGAAAGAAAGACAGAGAGACAGACAGAGAGACAUAGAGAGAUAGAGACAGACAGAGAGACAGAGAGAGAGAGCAAGACAGAGAGACAUAGAGAGAGAGAGCAAGACAGAGAGACAGAGAGAGAGAGCGAAAGACAGAGAGACAGAGAGAGCAAGACAGAGAGAGAGAGAUAGACAGAAAGACAGAGAGACAGAGAGACAGAGACAGACAGAGAGACAUAGAGAGAGAGAGAGCAAGACAGAGAGAGAGCAAGACAGAGAGACAGAGAGAGAGAUAGAAAGAUAGAGAGACAGAGAGAGACAGACAGACAGAGAGAGAGAGAUAGAAAGACAGAGAGACAGAGAGAGAGAGAAAGACAGAGAGAGAGAUAGAAAGACAGAGAGACAGAGAGAGACAGACAGACAGAGAGCAAGACAGAGAGAGAUAGAAAGACAGAGAGAGAGAGAUAGAAAGACAGAGAGACAGAGAGAGAGAGACAGACAGAGAGACAUAGAGAGAGAGAUCUUACACCGUCACUGCACUAGAAGCUGCUGUGAAGAGCGACACACAGCGAGUUUGUCCUUUCCUCCUAUGCGCCCCUCUGUGUCUGUGUGCGCGCGCGCGCCAGCGAGAGAGGGCUCACACUCUUCUUCCAGUCUCCUCUGGUCUCGGGUCGAAUCAAGAGCGUUGUAGUGGAAAUACUGGGAAUGAUGAGGAUGAGACAUCAUCCCUAACAGCGUUCCUAACAGGAUCUAUUCAUCUGGAAUAUAAUAUACUGACUGACUGGAUCACUACCAGGAUCUGACAUGGAAGGACUGCUCUCUCCCAUGAGGACCAGGAUGACAGAGGGGAGGCGAUGUCAGGUCCAUCUCCUGGACGACAGGAAGCUGGAGCUCCUCGUACAGCCCAAGUUGAUGGCCAAGGACCUGUUAGAUUUGGUGGCCUCCCACUUCAACCUAAAGGAGAAGGAAUACUUUGGGAUCUCCUACACAGACGAAACGGGUCAUUUCAGCUGGCUGCAGUUGGACCGGAGGGUUCUAGAACACGAGUUCCCCAAGAAGUCUGGACCCAUCGUCCUGUACUUCUGUGUCAGGUUUUACAUAGAGAGUAUUUCCUACCUGAAGGACAAUGCUACUAUCGAACUCUUCUUCCUCAAUGCUAAGUCCUGCAUAUACAAGGAGCUCAUUGAGGUGGACAGUGAGGUGGUCUUUGAGCUGGCCUCCUAUAUCCUACAGGAGGCUAAAGGUGACUUCAUCAGUAAUGACGUGACAAGGUCAGACCUGAAGAAGCUUCCAGCUUUGCCGACUCAGGCCCUGAAGGAACACCCAUCUCUGGCCUACUGUGAGGACCGGGUGAUAGAACACUACAAGAAGCUCAAUGGACAGUCCAGAGGGCAGGCCAUAGUCAAUUAUAUGAGCAUUGUUGAGUCUCUGCCUACAUAUGGAGUACAUUACUACACUGUUAAGGAUAAGCAGGGAAUUCCGUGGUGGCUGGGACUGAGUUAUAAAGGAAUCUUCCAGUAUGACUACCAAGACAAGGUCAAACCCAGGAAGGUGUUCCAAUGGCGUCAGCUGGAGAACCUCUACUUCAGAGAGAAGAAGUUCUCAGUGGAAGUUCACGACCCCAGGAGUAGGGCGUCGGUGACCAGAAGGACGUUUGGCCACAGUGGUAUAGCUGUCCACACCUGGUACGCCUGCCCUGCUCUCAUUAAGUCUAUCUGGGCCAUGGCCAUCAGCCAACACCAGUUCUACCUGGACCGCAAGCAGAGCAAGUCUAAGAUCCAUGCGGCUCGUAGUCUCAGUGAGAUAGCCAUCGACCUGACAGAGACCGGCACUCUGAAGACAUCUAAACUGGCCAACAUGGGCAGCAAGGGCAAGAUCAUCAGCGGCAGCUCUGGCAGUCUGCUCUCCUCAGGUUCCCAGGAGUCGGACAGUUCUCAGACAGCUAAGAAAGACAUGCUGGCAGCCCUGAGGGCCAGACAGGAGGCUCUGGAGGAGACUCUCAAACAAAGAUUAGAGGAACUCAAGAACAUCUGUAUCAGAGAGGCGGAAUUGACAGGGAAGCUGCCUAAGGAGUAUCCAUUGGAUCCAGGGGAGGAGCCUCCGACGGUCAGAAGGAAGAUUGGCACUGCCUUCAAGCUGGACGAACACAAGAUCCAGCCGAAGGGAGAGGAGGAGGAGCUAGAGCGUCUAGAGAGGGAGUUUGCCAUCCAAUCUCAGAUCACAGAGGCUGCGAGGCGUCUGGCCAGCGAUCCGCACGUGAGCAGUAAGAAGCUGAAAAAACAAAGGAAGACGUCGUACCUGAACGCGCUGAAGAAACUCCAGGAGAUAGAAAACGCCAUCAACGAACACCGUGUCCGCUCUGGGAAGAAACCCACGCAACGCGCUUCGCUUAUCAUAGAGGGUGAGACUACACACAUGCUGAGAGAAUCGCUUAUAAGAACCACAUCGCGUAAUAAAGAGGAGGCCAACAUGGGCUCAGAGGACAGCUCUCUGUCUGACGCUCUGGUCCUAGACGACGAUGACCCCCAGAUGACAGGGACCCCCACCUUCUCUCCGGCAGCGUCUCCCCAUAAGGGCCUCCCUCCCCGGCCUCCCUCCCACAGCCGGCCCCCUCCCCCCCAGUCUCUAGAUGGCCUCAGCCACCUGCACUACGCCCGCUCCGAAUACGACAAGUCCCCCAUCAAACCCAAGAUGUGGAGCGAGUCCUCGCUGGACGAACCCUAUGAGAGGGUCAAGAAACGCUCUUCACACUCCAAUCACAGGCGGUUACCCGGCUCUGGUAGUUGUGCGGAGGCAGGAGGCAGUAACUCUCUGCAGAGUAGCCCCAUCAGGAGUGUUCCUCACUGGAGCUCCCAGUCCAGCAUGCCCUCCACCCCCGACCUGAGGACCAGGACCCCUCACUACGUACACUCCACCAGGUCUGUGGACAUCAGUCCCACCCAUCUUCACAGUCUGGUUCAGCACUUUAGGAACCGCAGCUCCAGCCUGGAAUCUCAGGGCAAGCUGCUGGCCUCCGACCCCGACACACACACUCACACACACACCCUGGGAGCCCCCGGCAGCCCAGACAUCUUCCUGGCCCCGGGGACUCGCAGCUCCAAUGGCUCUGACCCGCUGGAUGACUGUUCGUCCUGUACCUCCCAGAGCAGCUCAGAACACUACUACCCUGGGGUAGCUCCAGGCUCCAACCCAAACUACUCCACCCUAGGAGAGGACUCCCCUUCCAAAGCCAGGCAGAGACAGAGACAGAGGCACAGGUCUGCAGGUCACCUUGGUUCCUCUAACUCUGGCUCCAUGCCCAACCUUGCAGCCAAGAACGGUUCAGGGUGCGGUGGUACGGGGGUGGCAGGGACUGGGUCAGGGCAGCAUGGGGUGUACCUCCACAGCCAGAGCCAGCCCUCGUCCCAGUACCGGAUUAAAGAGUACCCCCUGUACGUAGAGGGCAGCCCCAACCCGGUGGUGGUGCGCAGCCUGGAGAGUGACCAGGAGGGCCACUACAGCGUCAAGGCCCAGUUCAAAACCUCCAGCUCCUACACAGCCGGGGGGCUCUACAAGGAGACCUGGGGGGGCGAGGAGGGGGGAGAGGGGAGCAGCAGACUCACCCCGUCCCGCUCCCAGAUCGUACGGACUCCCUCACUAGGGCGAGAGGGGGGAGGAGGGGGGAGGGCGGUGGUGUCAGAUGAGUUGAAGUGUUGGUACCAGCGCUCUACGGGCAGUGUAAAGGAGAGGAGUCACGCCGGCUCCAACACGUCGGACAGCGGCUCGCUGCAAGGCACGCUGGGACUCGGACGAGGGAGCAGGGUGGGGACACUCGCCAAGGGAUCACCAGCGUCCCCUCACAGCCCGAGGAGUGGGACUCCCUCUAGUGAACAGGCCGCAACACCCACGCCCCCCUGCAGCCCACAACACAUCCUCAACUGGCAGAGCGGGUCAUUCAAUGAUAGUUGUUUUCUCAGCAGUCCUCUGUGUUCAGAGCUGGCAGAUGUCCAGUGGUACGGACACGACAAGGCCAAACCUGGAACCCUGGUCUGACCUACUGACCACCACCUAACACCUACCGACCCUUACUGACCCUCAACACUGACCCUUACUGCCUCCACCAACCUCUCCUCUAGCCCUGACUAGACUGGCCUCAUCAUGGACAGGAAACCCUCCUCCAUCCCUCCCUUUAUCCAUAUUUCCCUUUAUCAUUUUAUGUGCAUAUCAAGUUUGGUUGAGCUGGAGUUUAUAGGAAGGACAUGCCCAACUGGGCAGGACUAUUGUUGUGGAACAGCCAAACAGAACCGCUGAAUGAUCGUGAACCUUUAGUCCCUGACCCUGCUUCAGUCUGAGCCCCAGGGAGACCAGGAGUGGGAAAGGGGGAGGUGGGGGGGGGGUAAGAGCACACACACACACACACACAACCCCCUGCCCAGACUACACGGCCCUCAGGCCCUGACUUAUAUCUACCCCUGACCCCAGUGUGUUGCCAGCCAAUCAGAGGAUACCUGCAAGUUGAAAUGUGUUUUGGCUCAAAUUCUGGGCCUGUGUGUUUGCAGAGCAGAUUAUUGGAGAAUUCUAGAUUAUCUGAAAGACAAAAGACAAACAUACAAACAUUCCCAACUAUUAUAAUCCCAAUCCCAACUAUCUAUCCCACAACCAAAGAUCCACCUGACUGACCAAUGGCACCAGUCCCAUGGACACACUGGGAACGCUGGUUUAUCAUACUGGAAGCUACACCCCACAUACUGGGAGUUUUCAGAGGAACGGAAAGAGUGGUCAAUUCUACUGGGAUCCUGCUGGGAGUUCUGAGCACAUCUAUUGGGAUGUCAGUCAUCUGGAUUGGGGGUGUACAACAGCCAGCCAGACUGAUCAACUAGUCUCUGAUACUGGGACUAUCCACACUGCUACUGAGCAGUGAGCUCCUGGACUUGGAUGUUUUGCCACUAUGCUGGGGCACUGUGCUUAGCUGUUCUGGGAGAUUAUGGGCGAACUGGGGGCCCUGCACAGCCAGACCACAAACAGACAGGGACAGACGGGGGGCCCUGCACAGCCAGAUCAGGGACAGAAUGGGGGCCCUGCUCAGCCAGACCACAAACAGAUAGGGACAGACGGGGGGCCCUGCACAGCCAGAUCAGAGACAGACAGGGACAGAAUGGGGGCCCUGCUCAGCCAGACCAGAGACAGACAGGGACGGAAUGGGGGCCCUGCACAGCCAGACCAGAGACAGACAGGGAUGGAAUGGGGGCCCUGCUCAGCCAGACCAGAGACAGACAGGGACCGACUGGGGGCCACAGACACUUCUUCAGGGUUUGGGUCCUGGAGAGCCAGAAUAUGCUAGGAAUCUCUUGCUUAAAGCUAAUAUCUUGAGUUUGGGUGAAACUGUAGCAAUGUGUGUAGUAGUUUUGGGUUGAAUUGGAAUUAAGAACACAUGUAGUUUUGUGGAUUUAUUUCCAAACAUAUCUGCAGGCUUUCAGUGGUCUAUUUCAUCUGGCUCCUCCCCUUCAUUUGACUUUCUGGUGAGAGGUGAAAGCUAAUUGGAUGUUUAGGGCUGUGUGGAGCUGUUAAUCACACAGUUGUAGCGAAGGGCACACCCCUCCCUCACAGUCGAGCUGUGCAUAUGAUGAGAUUGGUGAGAUAUUAAACACUUCUCCAUGCGUUGUGACAUCAUACACCUGACUGUCUGUGCAGUCCUAUGUUAAAAACGGGAUGUAACCCGUGUUUAAGGACCAGUCUGUCUGUGUCACGUCAAUCUGUCAGUCUGUCUGUCCAACCCCAAGAUUGGUCAUUGUCUCAGACACCAGUGUAGUAUAUUUGGGGGUUAAUAUGUUGAUAAAGCUUGAGACCUGUAAACUCCAGAGGGUCCUCAUUUGUACAGGUCAUUAUCUCAGGCUAUACUCUCUCUGCCUAACAUCUAUCAACCGGUCAGAACACACAUAAACACAUUCUUUUCUCAGCGGUGCCAUCUAUGUCUUUACUCUAACCCAGCACUGAAAACCAGGGGCGCUACUUUCACUGGGGGCGGGGGGGACACAUUAUGAAAUUGCAUUUUUGUCACCCCCAGUUUUAUCAUUGGAAUGUGCUUUAGGACCAUGCGGACGCCUUCGAGCAGUCGGGUAGGCUGUUUGGAAUGUUAAUAAUAAUAAUAAUAAUAAUAUGUCCCCCCAACUUCUUAAACCAAAGUCGCACCCCUGCUGAAAACAGCCGCUCACUAAAACUACAAACCAUAUAACUACAAAUCCCACAGGGCCCAGUUCCUAGUCUAGCAGAGGAGGUGUCUGCUGUAUAGAGAUCCUGCUUCCCAGAGCCAAAUGAACAGCAGGAAGAGGUCUUUCCACCAAUCAGAGAGAUGUCAAGUUAAGUAUUCAAUCUAAGUUUGGAUACCAGAGCACAACAUACACAGUUAAACACAAUAUAUGAAAACUAUGGGCUCUUGAGUGGCACGGUGGUCUAAGACACUACAUCUCAGUGCAAGAGGCGUCGCUACAGUCCCUGGUUCAAAUCCAGGCUGUAUCGCAUCCGGCCAUGAUUGGGUGUCCGAUAGUGGUGGUGCACAAUUGGCCGAGGUAGGCAGUUAUUGUAAAUAAUAAUUUGUUCUUAACUGAAUUACCUAGUUGUUUUAUAUAUAAACUAUAGGCCUAUACAGAACCAGUUUUCAUCUAGUUCUCCUCCUGUCUUUUUGAUACAUAUAAGAGGAUUAAGAACAUCUGCAUAACAACACAUUCAUGAUGUAAGAGUAAAUCCAGACUUAAUAUAAAAAAGUAACACAGACACAUAUAGUAUAGAAAUAAUGUCACACCAGAACCAAACAGGGUGUUUAUAUUAUUGUGCUUCUAUUACUACACUGAACAAAAAGAUAAAUACAACAUGUAAAGUGUUGGUCCCUUGUUUCAUGAGCUGAAAUAAAAGAUCCCAGAAAUGUUCCAUAUGCUCAAAAAGCUUAUUUCACUCAAAUGUUGUGCACAAAUUUGUUUACAUCCCUUUUAGGGAAAAUUUCUCCUUUGGCAAGAUAAUCCAUCCACCUGACAGGUGUGGCAUAUCAAGAAGCUGAUUAAACAGCAUGAUCGUUACACAGGUGCACCUUGUGCUGGGGACAAUAAAAGGCCACUCUAAAAUGUGUAAUUUUGUCACACAACACAAUGCCACUGAUGUCUCAAGUUUUGAGGGAGCGUUCAAUUGGCAUGCUGACUGCAGGAAUGUUAAUUUCUCUACGAUAAGCCACGGGAAAGCAGUUUGCUGAUUUCAUUAUUGUGAACAGAGGGCCCCAUGGGGCGGUGGGAUUAUGGUAUGGGAAGGCAUAAACUACAGACAACAAUCACAAUUGCAUUUUAUCAAUGGUAAUUUGAAUGCACAGAGAUCCAGUGACGAGAUCCUGAGGCCCAUUGUCGUGCCAUUCAUCCGCCGCCAUCACCUCAUGUUUCAGCAUGACAAUGAACGGCCCAAUGUGGCACAUAUCUGUACACAAUUCCUGGAAGCUGAAUAUGUUCCAGUUCUUCCAUGGCCUGCCUACUCACCAAACAUGUCACCCAUUGAGAAUGUUUGGGAUGUGCUGGAUCAACGUGGAACAGAGUGUUCCAGUUCCCUCCAAUAUCCAGCAUAAUCGCGCACCCAUUGAAGAGGAGUGGCACAACAUUCAAAGGCCACAAUCAACAGCCUGAUCAACUCUAUGCAAAGGAGAUGUGUUGCGCUGCUUGAGGCAAAUGCUGGUCACACCAGAUACUGACUGGUUUUCUGAUCCAUGCCCCUACCUUUUUCUAAGGUGUCUGUGACCAACAAAUGCACAUCUGUAUUCCCAGUCAUGUGAAAUGAAUAAAUUAGGACCUAGUGCGUUUAUUUAAAAAGCUAAUUUCCUGAUAUGAACUGUAAGUCAGUAAAAAAAAAUUGUUGCAUUUAUAGUUUUGUUCAGUAUAGAUGAUGUCAUCAAUGAACUCUGAACUUUGACAUUGGUUUAGUAAGUGAGGCCAUCACCGUAUCCCACGGUAACAGGGCUGUGACACAGCGAGAACGUAUAGCCAUACCCUUGAACCCCUACAUUUAAUUUAUAGAUUCCAUACACCUCUUGCUUACGUAGACCGACACAUAGACCAACUCUUGUUAUAAGCUAAUUCUAAAACAAGUAUUUUAAAGCACACCUUAUGGUUUUGUACUGGGGGAAAGAAACCUUUGCCUAACAUUGUUGUAAUGCUGUAUGUGGACAGUGCUUAUUGUGUGUACAAAAACCCAAACAAAACAAUUAAUUGCGGACUCUCAAGCACAUGUUUGCCUGUGCUUUGUACAGGGUUUAUAUCCUCCAUUGAAUCUUUAAAAAACACAAAUAUAAAACAUGGUUUAAAGGUUGCACAAAAAUCUUACCCUGUCAGAUUAGUUGAACUUGUACCAUGCAGCAAGUUGGACCUGAAAUUCCUUCUGUUUGUAGGAGUUUUACAGCCCCCUCCCCAACCCUGCCUUACUGCAAGGUGUCCUGGUAAAUGCUGUGUUUGACCUCUCCUGUAGUUCACCUACUUAGAAUCACUGGGGAACUGCAUUCUGCCAUCAGCUAUGCUAUGCUAUACUAAGGCUUGUUAGCCUGUCCAUUCCCCCUGAAUGAGCCACCUCUGCUAACUCACACCAUACCAUGCAUGCUCUGGUUCCCGAAACAAACAACAAUGAACAAAUAAACCCAAAACAUGAGCAGUCCAUGUGGUAAGACCAUCCCUCUCCCCUCACCUUUUCCUCCUUAACAGAGAAUAAUUUCUGUAUCCAUGACAACACCCAGUUUGACCUUUGACUCCUAACCCCUGUGGUAAUCUCUGACCUCUGAGCCCAAUGUGACACUGUGUGUUGUACCCUCUUCUAUAGCCCCCCCUUCGACCAUACUAUGUGUACCCCCUAUGCCCAUACUGUCUGUACUCCAUAGAAACAUAAAACAUUUUUAUAGUUAAAGAAGAUUAAACUAACUAUUUUAUCAACCUCUUUCCUGAACAUGCUGUACGGAGGGGCACUGUAAGCCUAUGUGGAGUUUUUAACAUUGUUUCCAAGUUCUAACAGAGUAACAUAGUAAGAAUAAUUUCAGGUGCUACAUGAUGACCAGUUACUGCUUUGUCACAUAGGAUAUAGACUCUCCUAAUUGUUGUCAAUAGUUUUAAUACCAGUUGUGCAGAAUGGAAACCGUUCCUUUAGGCGCCAGUUCAGUAAGACACCACUCCACCAGACCAUAGAGCAUGUAACAUGAUUUGAUUUGUUCUCUUCAACGUUAACCUGACAAAAGGUGUUGUAGGAAAAAAACUAUGUGGAAUUCACACAAAAAAAGACUUCAACAGCUAAUUUAUUAUUUUUUCUAUUAAGAAUUUGUAUAGUAACUGUACAUUUUUCUAAAUGGUGUUGUUGGCAACUGAUGAUGAAAUGUCCAGAUGAGAAGACUUGGUGGUUAUUGAGAUUAGGAAAAUAAAUUAUUGCUGAAUGUUCUCAA